UUUGAUAAACCCGCAAUAUUAUAAAUGUUUGCUUUUGGGCAAGGGCGCACUGUCCAUUUGAGCACUCGGGCACCACCCGAGGGCCCGAGGUCAGUAGGGGGCCCCAAGAAAUACCCCUAGUACCUUUUAUAGGCUUUUUUGGGUGUGCUUUGAGUGUGUUCAAGGACACAGGGGCCCCAUGAUCCCCUAUUGCCCGGGGGCCCCAUGAGUUGUCAGUCCGCCCCUGCUUUUGAGUUUCUUUCUGCUUUAAGUCUUGGUGUGAAUAUGCAUAAGUUGGAGGGCCCGGGGUCAGUAGGGGGCCCCAUGAGAUGCCCCUGGUUCCUUUUUCAUAGGCUUUUUUUAGUUUGGGCAAGGACACAGGGGCCCCAUGAUCCCCUAUUGCCCGGGGGCCCC